CGAGUCAUGACGAGUUACUCCGCUGAAGUGGUUGACAUUUAUGAAUGAAUUAUGAUACGUUCAUUCCUACUUUCUCAAUUUCCUUCUUGUUUCUUCUUUCUCUUCUUGUCUGUUCUUGUCUUUUCUCCUCAUAAGCCCAACUGAUAAAAAGUCUAAAAGUCAGAGCUCAUAAAAUAUUACUGAAAAAUUCAACAAACGUGCGCUUUCCUUCAUGGACUUUGCCUAUACUAGACCUGUGCUCCUCUGCCAUGUACCCUUCUAAUUCACACUUGUAAUAGAACCCACUUAUAAAUCUCUUUCUCUCUCUGUGUAUCUUUGUGGGUUCUGUGUCAAUCAUAUCCUUAUCUUUGUUUCUUGGUUUUCAGGUUUUUGGCAUCAAAGAAGUCCUCAGGUUUUCCUCCAUACAAUCAGGCAUCAUCUUUAGAACAGGGACAAAAAUGACAGUAGGAGCAAAGCCAACAAUAAAAGAAGGAGCAGUAGUUGCAGCCUGGAAAAGGAGAAACCAUGUAAUUGAUUUUUGCUAUCAAACAGAAGUUGAGCUCAAUUAGGUAGCUGGUUGUGGAAGUUGUUUAAUUGAAGCAUUUGUUGACAGUUGAUACAAAAGACCAGUCCAAAAAAGAUUAUGACUUGUUUUUCUUUCUUAUUUAGUCGGAAGGAGAAACUUAGUUCUGGAGUUGAUGAAGAAGUUGCAGGCAUUCACAAUGUUAAACUCUACACCUACAGGGAAUUAAAAAAUGCUACAGAUGAUUUUAGUCCAAGGACUAAAAUUGGGGAGGGUGGUUUCGGUUCUGUAUACAAGGGACGGCUUAAAGAUGGGAAAUUUGCUGCAAUAAAAGUUCUGUCAGCUGAAUCAAGACAGGGGGCAAAAGAAUUCUUAACAGAGAUCAAUGUGAUCUCAGAGAUAGAGCAUGAAAAUUUAGUUAAGCUAUAUGGCUGUUGUGUUGAAGGAAAUCACAGGAUUUUAGUCUACAACUACCUUGAGAAUAACAGUCUUGCGCAAACUCUUCUUGGAGUGGGUCACAAUCAAAGUAACAUCCAGUUCAGCUGGAGAACACGAUCUAAAAUCUGCAUUGGAGUAGCACGAGGACUUGCCUUCCUUCAUGAGCAAGUACGGCCACACAUUGUUCAUAGGGAUAUCAAAGCAAGCAAUAUUCUCCUUGACAAAGACCUAACUCCCAGAAUAUCAGAUUUUGGUCUAGCGAAGCUUAUACCACCCAAUAUGACUCAUGUGAGCACGCGUGUUGCUGGAACUAUAGGUUAUCUGGCACCAGAGUAUGCAAUUAGGGGGCAGCUAACACGGAGAGCAGAUAUUUAUAGUUUCGGUGUCCUCCUUGUGGAAAUUGUCAGUGGGAGAUGCAACACAAAUACACGAUUACCUGUUGAAGAACAAUAUCUACUAGAACGGACAUGGGAAUUAUAUGAGCGAAGGGAGCUGGUUGGGUUGGUUGAUACAUCACUGAACGGUGACUUUGAUGCUGAGGAGGCUUGUAAAUUUCUAAAGAUUGGCUUACUCUGCACCCAAGAUGCUCCAAAGCUCCGGCCUUCUAUGUCUACCGUGGUCAAGCUGCUAACUGGGGAGAAAGAUGUUGAUGACAGUAAGAUAACAAAACCAGGUUUAAUUACUGACUUCAUGGACCUCAAAAUACGAGCCCCCCCUAAAACCAAGUCCCAGAAGAAGACGGCAUGUCCUGAUAACCUCUCUCCACAAAAUGAAACAGUAUAUGAAGCAAAGAAUAUGUCUUCCUGUAAUAUCUCUUCCGGCUCUGAAAACCUGGAUGAUUUAACUCUGUCAUCAGGAAACACAACAAGCAUUGGUACAACAUUCACUGCACCAUAUGAUAGAAGUACUGAAACAUUUGUGUCAAACAUUGUGCACAUUUGAUUUAUUUUAUUCUUUUUUCUUAGGCUUGUAAUCUUUUGUAAAUAUUUUGGUUUAUUUUUUUAUCUUCAAACCUCCCCUCCCCCUCUUUUUAUACUGUGUUUUCGCUACAGAAUUUUUGGUGGCAACAUUCAGUAAAAUGAAGAAAGUGUGCUGGAAUUUGACA